GAUGCCUAGCAGUCUUUACUUCUUGGGCCUCUCACGAAACUCCAUAGCUAAAUCCUUCGUACUUUUUACCCCUUCUCGAUCUGUUUUUCUUAGAGUUGACGUCGGGUCUACGGUGAGCCCGGACCGAACAAGUUUGUUGCCAAGCCGAGAUCUCACUGGACUGGACGCCUUGCUGGUGUUACAGUGGCGGUUAAAUUGAAAAACGACAUGGUCCGAACCGAGAUGAGCAGCAAAGUACGGGAAUCCAUGGAGCCUGAGGGAGGCAAGAGGCCUAGAACAUAUAUAUGCACCGAGGGAACAGGCGCUGCACGUAUGGAAAUAAUCCCUACCCACCCCGAAUCGCUUCUUUUCUGACAAAUAAAUCCUCACACCUCCGGGUUCAAUUCUCCAAUCUCCAAUCCCAAAGAGACGAUGCGACAGCCUGCAUUGGGACCCACUCUUUUAGCCAGCCUGUGGGCAGCGGCGGCUGUGCACAGCGGCGCAUCCUUCCCGGCGACGCUCGAGGUCGACCUGAUCUUCCCGCGCAUGAACGAGACGUACCCGCGCGUCUACCCGUUCCCCGUCGUCUUCGCCAUCCAGGGCGCCUCGGCCGCCUGGCCGCACGAGCUCUCCUUCAUCUGGGAUGCCUUCGACGCCAACCGCACCACGCACGUCUCGGGAAUGCUGCCGGAUUUCUCAAAGGGUGGCAAUGCCUCUUCUCCCGACUUGGCGAUGGUGCCGUGGACCCAGGGCGAUCUCCCCGAGGGGAACGACCCGCUGUAUGUCAUCGCCGGCAUAGACCUGAUCGCCAACUCGUCCUCGUCCGCCUUCUCCAUGACCUGGGGCGCGCUCUUCCGCCGGAAUUGCACCGCCAAAGGCGUCGAAACCAGCACGGGCGGCUCCAAGCCGGACAUCGUCGGGUCCGUGCAAUGGAGGAUCGCCGACGACGCGCCGAAACUCAGCAUCGUGCCGGCGGACGGGUCGUGUCCGCGACCCGAGGACACGCGGACGCGGACGCCGAACACGCUGGGCCUCGCAGGCGCUGCCGAGGGAGACGCCACGUGCAUCGUGUUGGAGGACGGAGCAAGGCUGCGGCCGGAGCCGCAGCCGUGCGCGGUCAAGGCGUCGCCGGAGCUGGCGAGUAAGGUCACGCAGUCGAUGUUGGCUACGUCGAGGUGCACCGGGGUGUCGUGGCCGGACGAGAAGCUGGUUGGCCGGUGCGAGAUCAGCAGCAAGGAUGACAAGUCGGGGUCGUCGAGGCCCGGCCCUGCGGUCGGGGUUGUGGUGCUGGGGGUGUUAUCGUUUGCGGCAGGGUUUCUCGGCCUAGCUGUCUCUCCCGGGCGGGCAUUCUAGUCCCCUCCUCCCUUUUGAUUUUUUUGAUUUUUUUUUUUUUUGGACGAAUUUCUUUUUAGACUACCUGUGGCAAGUCUCUGCGUAGAACGGCAAGAUAGCUAUCGAAGUGGCUCUAUUUGGGGAACAAAAUGUUGAUAUAUUUGGUCACUAAUUAGUCUUCGGAAUAUGCCUCACGUUGUAACG